CUCAUUACGGUAAUGUAAACUGUCGGAAAAUUAGAAGGCUGUGUUUGCGCUUUUCAUUUCAGGAACCAGUCUGAGUCCGCCCGCUGCGAGCCGUCUACGUGUUAUCAGUGAUAACGUAUCGAUAUCGCCGAAAUGUAUGGUCUCAGAAUAAUUAUGUUCAUCUUGAUGUGUAUAACGCGGACUAACACUAAGAACUAUCUACAAACUGAGUGUUCCCUGAGUGUGUACAGUCAUGGGGCCCACUGUAAUUACACCAAAGCCUAUUUGGUGUGUAAGAACGGCAUCAGCAGUUACUGGCUACAGGCUAAUAAGCGGCUGAUAAAGCACCUGCAAAUAGUAUCCUGGCCUGGGCCAUGUCUGAACGUGGACCACCUGGAGCUGAGCUUCCCCCACCUGGAGAUCCUCGACAUCAUAAACUCCACAAUCCUCAGAACAUUCAAGGGGAAAUUUAAUCAAGACAGCAAUAUACAAACAUUAUCGAUGCACGGUCUCCCUCACCUGUGGGAGAUAGAGCCCGAGGUGAUAGCGGAGAUGAAGGAGCUGCGGCUGCUGAACCUCACCGGCAACGGCCUCAGGCACAUGAAGGAAAACUUUGUAAAGAGCCCGCUGCAAUUGGAGAAAGUGUUCCUUGCAAAUAACAAAUGGGACUGUAGCAACGGUGGUCUCGACUGGCUGGCGAUGGAGAAGGAGAGCGGGCGCACGCGGACCCGCGUGAAGGACUACUACAGGAUACUGUGCCACCAUCAGCUCUACAAGGGGAAACCUUUGCACACCGUCAUGGAUAUUAUCAAGAUGGUGCGCGAGACCUGCCCCCAGCCCUGCGCAUGCGCGAUGACGCACGUGGUGUCGGACGCGGCGGGGACCGUCAUCCCGCUGAUCACGGUGGACUGCGCCCGACGCCGCCUGACGGAGCCGCCCGCCGCCCUGCCGCCCAACUCCACCACGCUCCGGCUAGAAGGGAACAAGAUAUCAACGAUCAGACACCUGGUCCAGAACCCUCAAUAUCGUCGUCUGAUGGACCUGUACCUGGACAACAACACUAUACACUCCAUCAAGGAGCUGGAGGGCACCGAGUGGUUCACCACAUUCAGGGUUCUCAGCUUAAGAGGAAACCUGCUGAAACAAAUCCCCGUGUACGCGUUCGACAAGGCUUUUCAGAGCAACAACAACAUAAUGAAUGUCUACCUCGGCCACAACCCGUGGCGCUGCGACUGCCACUUCAUCCCCCGCUUCCAAGGCCUGCUCCUGAAGUACAAGAGGGUCAUCCGCGACCUCCCCGACAUACGGUGCUCUAAGUCCGACGACAAGACCAUCUCCUUGGUCCAGAUAAGCACAAUGCCGCUUGGCAACGUGUGUCACAGCGAGAUGGAACUCCCCAUAAGUCCGAUCAACAUAGUGAACAUAGUGCUGCUCGCGUGUCUACUGCUGGUUGUCGGUAGAUUCCUGUACGACUGGCACAGAUUCAAGACAACGGGACAGCUGCCUUGGAUAUCUAAAAUAUUGCCUUGAAGUUUAAACAACUGUGGACGAAUUGAAAGAGUAAUUGAGGACCUUGAGGUGCGCGUUGAAGAAGCAAGAAAAGUGUGACGUGUAAACCAAAGGUCUGCAGAUGUUUGGAAGCCCCUGAUGCCCCUGAAUCUGAUGAUGAACUAUGUAACUCUGAGAAUUAGUCGAUUAAUAAUUAAUUAUUAUGUUUGAAUGUUACGAAUUACGAUAAAUCACAGACGGACAUAAUAUCUACG